AUGCGUCUCACUCAAGCUGCUGUCGUUGCCAUUCUGGCCUUUACUGCCGCAGCGACGCCGAUCGCCGUCCGUGGAGAUGACGCAAAGGCCACUGAGGAGUAUCAAAGGUGCUGUGAGCAACGCGACAAGUACGACCAUAGCAAGAUCUGCAUCCCUCCAAAGGUGGAUGUUCCUCAUGUACCCGAACCUAUAGGGGAUGGCAAAGAACAUGGAGAUAAGGACGAGCACGACGACGGAAGCUACAAGCCCAACAAGCCACAGCCAGACCCUCCAGUCAAACCAGAAGAAGAUAAAGAUGAAAACGAUGACGGUGGCUAUGAGCCCCAUCCACCUAAGCCUCAACCAGAGCAUCCACCCCCGAAGCCGGAGCACCCGACUCCUCCAAAGCCAGAACAUCCACCUCCAAAGCCAGAACCACCUAAGCCAGAGCAUCCUAAGCCAGAGCAUCCUAAGCCAGAACCACCCAAGCCAGAACCUGAGCAUCCCAAGCCAGAGCCUCCGAAACCAGAGCAUCCACCUCCAAAGCCGGAGCAUCCCAAACCAGAACCCCCCAAACCAGAACCCCCCAAGCCAGAACCCCCCAAGCCAGAACCCCCCAAGCCAGAGCAUCCUAAGCCAGAGCCUCCAAAACCAGAGCAUCCCAAGCCAGAGCCUCCAAAACCAGAGCAUCCCAAACCAGAGCCUCCGAAACCAGAGCAUCCACCUCCAAAGCCGGAGCAUCCCAAGCCAGAACCCCCCAAACCGGAACCCCCCAGGCCAGAACCCCCCAAGCCAGAGCACCCAACUCCUCCCAAGCCGGAACAUCCACCCCCAAAGCCCGAACACCCAGUUCCUCCUAAGCCACAACCUGAGCAUCCCGCUCCUCCCAAGCCGCAGCCCGAGCACCCGCCUCCAAAGCCCGAGCACCCCACUCCUCCUAAGCCGCAGCCCGAACACCCAGCCCCUCAGCCGGAGAAGGAGGAGGAUGAUAAGCCAGAUCCAGCACCACAGCCAAAGCCCGUCCCGGAAGCCGAUCAACACGGUUACUACACUUUUGGGGAGGAGAUCAGCCUCAAGUGUGAGGGCGGUAAGAUCGUGGUCAAGGGUCACAAGUAUUAA